AUGGCGUCUCAGCAGCAGCAGGAAGGCGGCGCCACCAUCCGCGUGGGCACGCGCUCGUCCGCCCUCGCCGUCGUGCAGGCCGAGAGCGUCGUCGCGGCCCUGCAGAAGGCGCACCCGACCCUCAAGUUCGAGAUCGACGCCAUGAAGACCAUGGGCGACCUCGACAAGAUCACGCCGCUGCCGGACCUCGGCAAGGGCCUGUGGACGUCCGAGUUCGAGGCCAAGCUGGUCGCCAACCAGCUCGACCUCGUCGUGCACUCGGCCAAGGACAUGCCGACGGCCCUGCCCGAGGGCUGCGUGCUGGGCAGCGUGCUGGAGCGCGAGGACCCGCGCGACGUCGUCAUCUUCCGCCGCACGCCCAAGUCGGCCGACGACACGGCGCCGCGCGACACCUACCGGCAGAUCGCGGACCUGCCGGCGGGCAGCAUAGUGGGCACGAGCAGCGUGCGCCGGAUGGCGCAGCUGCGGCGGCGGUACCCGGCCCUGUUGUUCAAGGACCUGCGGGGCAACAUCGACACGCGGCUGCGGAAGCUCGAGGCCGAGGGCGGCGCGUACGACUGCAUCAUCCUGGCGGCGGCGGGCAUGCGCAGGAUGGACUUUGGCGCCCGCAUAUCGCAGUACCUCGACUCGCGCACGCCCGGCGGCGGCGGCAUCAUGCACGCCGUGGGCCAGGGCGCGCUGGGGCUCGAGUGCCGCGACGGCGACGCGCGGGUGCUCGACGUCGUCCGGAGCGUCGCGCACAUGCCGACCUUCCUCGCCGUGCUGGCCGAGCGCUACGUCAUGAGGACGCUCGAGGGCGGGUGCAGCGUGCCGAUCGGCGUCGAGACGCACUGGUCGGACGACAUGACGACCCUGACGCUCAAGGCCACGGUGGUCAGCCUGGACGGCAAGCAGGGCGUCGAGGCCGAGACGACGCAGGACGUCUCUACGUUUGCCGACGCGGACGCGAUCGGCAAGGUCGUCUCCGACGAGCUCAUCGCCAAGGGCGCACAAAAGAUCCUGGACGAGAUCAACGCGGCCAAGGCGGCGGCACCAGCGGCUGGCCCGAAACUGGUUCCCGCCACGGCGUCGUGA